AUGGAAAAUUUAAAUAGCAAAGAAACAUCAAUAAUUCAAACAACAAACAAUACAUUGCCAAAUGUUAUGACAAAUAUUCAAAUGUGGGACAAUUCUAUUGUCAAUGACACAUCACCGACAACAAACAAAAUAAUUGAAAAGCCAUCGUCAAUGGUGUCAUCAUUUCCAAAUGAUAAAAAAUUCGGUGAACAUUCACCAAACGAAUCAUCAAAUAAAAGUGGUGAAUUAUCAUUGCCACAUCAUCAACGAACAGCUGUUGAGCUUGGCUCAGAACCAUCUGUUGGAAAAACUAAUGAAAUGUUGGCACGUACAAUUAAGCCGCCUGUGUCCGAGGGAAAACAAGCACGUGAUAAAACAAAAUCAACAAAUUAUGAAAAAAAUGAUUCAAUGUCGCUUGAUUCCAAUCAAUUGUUUCCAAAAGAGGUCAAUUUUAUGGCAGACUACGACGAUAAAAAUACUCCGGGUGACGAUUACAAUCAAAAAAUUAAUUCUCUCAAAACAUUGUGGGAUACAUCUGAUCAUUCUAGGCAAAAGCAAGAGAAAUCGACUAAUGCAAAAACGAAUGAUAGUUAUUCACAACUGGAUAAUUCGAAUAGUCAACGAAGUCAACCAAACUCAUCAUCAAAUGUCAAUGUGUCGUCGUCAUCAUCAGGUACAAUUAAGCAACAAGGAAGCAAUACUCAAGAUGAUGGUAG